AAUAUAAUUUGAUCAUAGGGUCACACUGUUUUUGCCACCUUCGUUGAAAUAAAACUAAAUUAAAGUACUUUAUUAAUAACAAUACAAUGAGUUCUAAAGAAUCCAAAGCGCUUAUUAAAGAUAUUCGGGAAACAAUAAAGCUGGCCAAAUAUGGAGACGCCAUACACAAGUGCCAACGGCUACUGAAAAGUGACCCAAACAAUCAUAUGGGUUACUUGUUGCUCGGCGCUGCCUAUCAGAAUGUUGAUAAGGCCGAGGCGGCGAAAUAUCUGCGAAAGUCCAUGGAGCACACGGAAGGACCGGCAACUGUUGCCCUACAAGGACUAGCAAAUUGUGCGCCAAGUGCAGAGCUGCCAGAGAUUUAUGAUCAACUAGUGGAUUUAAUUCCUGAAAAAUGUUUGGAUUACUACGAAAAACUGUUUGCGCUGGCAACAGACGCUACCUUGUCCCAGGCUUGUUUAAAUAUAUUUAAAAAGAGAGCGCAAAAUCGUGAAGAUGCAAAUAUCAAUAAAAUUCAAGAGUAUCUCGGAAGAAUAUGGUUUAGCACUGAUAUAGAGAUAGCAGCGACGGACAAUGAUCUUUACAAAAUUAGCAUGGAAACUCUACUGAGCAUUGGCGAUGCGGAUCUGAAAAGCAUGGUAUAUAAACGCUACUUAAAGUGGCUCUAUAAGGAACAGGAUCUUGUUUCUUGCUUACGACACGCCUGCAACAUGACCGUAUCUCAUCCACGUGCGGUUUAUGGCUACGAGUGGAUUUGUAAGAUCUAUUGCGAAUUUCAUGAUCGGCCGUAUAAGGACGCUUGGAUGCAGGAACUGAAAUUCCCGAUACAAGCCUAUGCCGAGCAACUCUUGGAAUUUAAUGCCAACUCCAAUUUGGCGCUCCUUAUCAAGUCCUUUGAUUUGUAUCAGCAACAGCAAUAUAUUCCGGCGCGACAGUUGGCACUGCAGGCACAGCAAUGUCAUCCCAGCUACAAGGUGACACUUCAGUUGCUGGCACGCAUCCAUAUGAAACUUGGUGCAUAUAGACUGGCGUUGAUGCUGUGGCAGGAGAUAGGCCGAGAGAACCAAGAGUAUGCACAGUGUCUAUCAUAUGAGAACGAUCCAACCAAGUUAAAAGAAGCUGUCGAAUUGCUAAGGGGAUUCCCAGAAAGCGAAUUAAAUAUUAAGGCCUUGGCACGUUGUUAUCAUAAACUCGGCGACACUCAACAGUUAAAGUCCCUUCAUAUCGACGAUGUUACUCGAGCUGAAUAUGUACUAUCACCUAUAGAAGCUUUACAAGUUAUGGCUGGCAACGAUUCCUUUGAAGCGCUGCUUCUACGUGGAAAGCUGCAUAUGAAGCUACAGGAUUACGAUGAAGCACUCAACUGCAUGUUGAAGGCCACAAGGUUGCAGCCGCACAUUGCCGAAUGCUUUGACUAUUUGGCUCGCUUGUAUCAGGCCAAUGGAGAUAUAACUCGGGCUCGCAAAUGCUUUGAAAAGUGCAUCAGUCUCAAUGCGUUGUCCGAACAGGCCGUCGAUAGCUUGAGCUGCAUCUAUCAGCAGUUGGGCGAGGAAGAUCUAAAUGAGACGCUGCUUCUAAAUACUCUGCGUUACUUGAACAACGACGAAGCUGUUCGCUUGCAGUACAAACUGGGAUUACACUUUUUACGAGUGAAUAAAUGGGAUAAUGCCAUUCAAUGCUUUCGCUUUGCCAUCAAGUAUGAUUUUAAAUGCAUGGUUUACUGGGAAUCUCUAGGUGAUGCUUACGCGGGACGUGGUUCCUAUAAUUCCGGCAUACGUGUCUUUCAAAAAAUACUCGAACUCUCACCAGCAAAUCGUUAUGCACAACUGCAAUUGGCGGUCAUUAAGACGACUAUUCGCAUGUAUCCCGAGGCAAUCGUUGACUUUGAUGUGCUGCUCAAAACGCAUCCCGAUUACUUGCCGGCUUUGAAAGGCGCCGCCGAAGCGCAUAUUGGCCUGGCCAACAACCUAAAGUCGCAGAAUAUUUACGGACGUGCCAAGGAUCAUUUCCAGCUGGCUGUAGAGCAUCUGCAAAGCGCCUUUUUGCAACCCAAGGCACAGGGAAUGGUCUGGUUAUGGCGUCUCACAGCCAACGUCUUUGUGCAGACAGCUCAGCUGCCUCAGUCCCUGGCUAAUUUAGAUGUCGCUGGCAGUUUGGCCAAACGUGAGGAGGACAUUGCCUACUUGUCACGCAAGGAUCUGUUGCAACUGGCUCAACGAUUUUUCCUGUGCGCCUUAAAGCUGAAACAAAACACAUAUUUGUGGUACGAAUUGGCGUCAUGUAGCUACUAUAGUGCUGUCUACAUGCCGGAGCAGGCGAAGGAUCAUCUGGAGACGGCUGCCAAGGUGUGCAAAAUGGCCAUCAAAGAGAACAGUAAUCGCUGGCAAAACUGGAAUCUAUUGGGCGUUAUCAAUAUGCAUGUGGCCAACGAGAAUCUGGCAGUUUCUCAGCAUUGUUUGAUACAAUCGGUUAUGCUGGAGCGCAAAUCCUACACAGCCUGGACAAAUCUGGGUGUGCUGUACAUAAAACUGGGCGAGGUUCGAUUGGCAAACGAGGCCUUUAAGCGUGCCCAACAAUCGAGUCCCAUAUAUCCAAAUGCAUGGAUUGGACAGGCCAUGGUGGCGGAGACAAUUGCCGAUCAGGAAGAGGCCUUCGAUCUCUUCCGUCAUUGCCAACAGUUUGAGUAUCAUCCGGAGGCAGCCGUCGGAUAUGCCCACUGGGUAUGCCAAGUGAUUUCCGAUCCGGUGAUGCGCAACAAGCCGCACAAUAAGCAUGCCAUUGAAAACUGGCAUGCGGAUAUAUAUGCCUUGGAUGCAAUCAAUUGGUAUGUCCAAAAUGAGGAAACGGAUGCGAGCAUUUCAUCGCUCACGUUCCAAGGAUUCUUGUGCGUUCGCCAGAAACUUUAUCAGCAAGCAAUCAAUGCCUUCACACGUGCCUGUGAACAGUCUGAUCCUGGCGAGGAUCGAGAUAAGCUUUACACGAACCUGGGCUAUUUAUACUUGAAACUUGGUCAACCUGAGAAGGCGGUAAAAGCGUUUAAUGCCAUUUCGCAUGCUACCUUUAAGCCCAUCAUUGGCUUGGCCUUGGCCUAUUAUCGUUCUGGACAGCUGGAGCAAUCAUAUUCCAUUUACAACUCGGUGCUGGACAGCGUUGUUGGCCAAGAUGAUGAAAAGGCAGCGACCAUUUUGGUGGCUAUGGCCUCCAUGGUCUAUGAAUUCCAAGGCGAAAGAGAUACCAAAACAGUGCUCUAUCAAUGCUUACUUCUUAAGGGCGUGCCCAUUCAAGCCUUGUAUUCAGCUUGUGCUUUGGGUGUGUUGCACGGAGACAGCGAUCUUUGCCAGAUGAUUAUGUCCGAGCUGAAGGCUCAUCAAUUCAGUGAGGAGCAUUGUGCAGAUGUUGCCUAUCUCACGGCCUAUUAUUGGUUGACCAAUGCGGGUGCCCGGCAGGCCCUUAAUUAUCUACAAACACAAGUACGGAUGUUUCCACAGCACGCCGGGUUACGCAGAGUCUUUUUUAAGUUUCUGCUUGAUUAUUUCCGGGAGGAUUCGGCUUAUCAACUUGCUACAUCCAAUACAGCUUUGAUUGCUCUCAAAUUGGGGCACAUUAACUUGCGUUGCAGCAUAAAAGCCAGCGAGGAAGCGGAAACAAGAAUUUAUGUCAGCCGCGCAUUGGAACCUGUGGACAAAAAUCAAUCUCUGAAGCUCGUUCAAUGCGCAAUUCGCUUAAAUCCAACCAACAAAGAAGCCAGACAGUUACUAGCUAGUAUAACUGCUUGCUAGUAAAUAUUUAUUUAUAGAGAAUAAGCUCAAAAAAUGUAUAUUUUAUAAGCAUUAAAAAAAAAAUUAAGAAAUCCUU